AAGAGAUACCGAUCCGGCUCGCCUCCGUAGCCGGGCCGCUCCUCUCCUACGUGGGGGACGAAAAAGCUCAGUUAUAAUUGUUGCACGCCGCGAGGUGCAUCUCGGGGUCCCUCCGAUAAUUGUUACCUCCUUCCGCGUGGCUGACGGCGUUCCUCGACGCCGCGACGGACGCGUAUAUCGGACGACAGUGAGAAUCCGCGUUCGUCGCGUCCUCGACCGACCUCGUUAUCGACUAACCUCCUCCAUCUCGUCCGCGGCCGAGCGGCAGCCACAGAAAUUACUGUGAUUACCGGGAUAUACGAGGGCUCGUGGAGCACUCCGAGCGGACUGCCGCCGCUGCAGCCGAUGCACCUGCGGACGUCAUCCGGAAAGCGUCUCCCUGCACGCGCGGAUCCGAAGCUGCGGCUGAGUCACGAUCGUCGAAGGAGCGGCUGCUCGAGUCUCGCCGAUUCAGGAGAAUAGGAUAAUCCUUUAUCGCGGGUGGACUUUUUGGAAAAGUUCGCGGAUCUUCGGAGCGGAGAAGACGCGGAAAUGAAUUGCGCGUAUCAGUAUUCGCAUAACGGCCAUCCGCAAAAUGUGAUGAUGAUCACGCCGACGGCACCGCAGCAGGGUCUACAUCCCGCGCAGGAACCAGAGUAUCUCGAGGAUCAUCCGGGACUACGAGGCACACCUCUGGCCAUGCUGGCGGCGCAAUGCAACAAGCUAAGCAGUAAGAGUCCGCCGCCGCUGGCAGACGCAGCCGUGGGCAAGGGUUUCCAUCCCUGGAAGAAGAGUCCACAGAGCAGCGGCAGUUCGCCACAGCACACCGGCGGCGGGGGAGGCGGUGGUGGAGGUGGAGGAGGCGGUACCGGCGGGUGCACAACGACGGGAGUGAGCCAGAGACCGGCGGCGACGAGCAGCGCCGGCAGCACGACCGGUGGUUACGCCAGAGCACCGGUAACGUCUUGCGCCUCGACCGCGCCGCAGUAUGGUAGCGAACUGUAUUUUCCCGGAACGGCGAGCGCCCAACCGGCCGGCGACCCGCAUCAUCAUCAGAGUAGUCUUCUGGGCAAGGUCGAAGGCGCGACCCUGGGCUCGGUGUACGGCAGGCAUCCGUACGAGUCGUGGCCGUUCAACGCGAUGCCAGGCGCGACCCAUGGCGGAAUUAAAGCGAGCGACGGUUGGUGGGACGUGCACGGUGCCGCAACGGCCGGCGGAUGGCUGGACGUGAGCAGCACCGUCGGCGUCGGCGUUCACGCGGCGCAAAUGGCCAAUUACUCGGCCGACUACUCGACGAGUCUCGCGCUGGCCGGCAAUCACCUGCUGACCACGGCUACGACCGCCGGUCACAAUCUCCUGCAAGACACGUACAAGUCGAUGCUACCGGGCGGACCGCCCGGAUUCAGGCUCCAUCACCAUGCGGCCGCCACGGCCGGCGCCGGCGCCGGUGCCGGAAGCCCUCAGGGCAGCGGCGGCGGUGUCGGCGUCGGAGGCGCCGGCGUUAGUCAAGCGCCCUCACGCUCGCAAAGACGUUACACCGGGCGUGCCACCUGCGAUUGUCCGAAUUGUCAAGAAGCCGAGAGACUCGGUCCCGCCGGCGUGCACCUCAGGAAGAAGAACAUCCAUAGCUGUCACAUACCGGGUUGCGGCAAGGUCUACGGGAAAACGUCGCAUCUGAAGGCCCACUUGCGGUGGCACACUGCGGCACCUUCGAACCCACACCGGCGAAAAGAGAUUCGCCUGUCCGGUCUGCAACAAGCGGUUCAUGCGCAGCGACCAUCUCGCGAAGCACGUCAAGACCCACAGCAGCAGCAGCAGCAGCAGCGGCAGCAAGGGCAAGGGGGGAGCGGGGAGCUCGUCGGCCGAGUCCUGCUCCGACAGCGAGGACAACGGGAGUCAGCAGAGUCCCACUUCCAGCUCGGUGCCGCAGCCGCAGCCGCCGCAGCAGCCGCCGCCAGCUCAGGCCCAGCAGCAGCAGCAGCAGCAACAGCAGCAGCAGCAGCUGGCGGCGGUGGCGGCAGCGGCGGCGGCGGCAGCGGCGGCGGCGGUGGCGGCGGGCCAGGACACCAGCAACACCACCUCCCAGACCACCACCACCACUCUCGGCCAUCAGCCGACAACACCCAUGACUCCAAUACAGAUGACCCCACCGCCUCUGACCCCACACCAUCCCCACCACCCGCAUCUCCCACCUCUAAUGCACCAUCCUCAUCAUCACGCAACCUCCGUCCCGGCGGCCCACCACCCGCACGCGGGGAUGAGCAUGCACUGAGCCCGGUGGGGCCCGGAGCCGGUGCCUGCAGUACCACUGCCGCAACGGCCCUGGGCUCCCCCCUAUCCUACCCCCUCAACUUGAACCUCAUGCAAAAUCACUCGACCAUCAAUCCUACGACUCCCCAUCACCACCAUCAGCAACACCAGAAUCAUCACCAACACCAUCACCAUCACCAUCAUCAUCACCCAUCGCACCAACAGCAGCACUCGCGACAAAAUAACUCCUACUCUGUGCAACAGAAUCCUGGCACGCCGGGGACCGCGCAGACUCCCUCACCCUCGUCCCCCGCGCCUGUACAUAGUCUCUAAGCGGUUACGAGCGCACACUCGCGUCCAACAACCGGUCACAAUCCACCGCACGUCCGUCCGCCGCGCUCAUACACGCAGGCACGAAUGAUACAUACACGUAGACACGAGAAUAUACACGGAGAUACACACGAACUGGCUCCCCGUCCUGAUUCUGAAUACGGAGAUGGUCCUCGUAACGCACGCACGCGGAUAUUUCAGGAUUUUUUAUUUGUACAUAAUAUAUAUAUAUUUAUAUAUAGGUCGCGAAAGAGAGAGGAAGAGAGAGAAAUGAUAUUAUAUUAAUUAAGCGGUGUAAUGAUGUGUAAAAAAAAAAAUAACCCGUAUAAAUAUAUAAAUAUAUAAAUAUAAAUAUAUAUAUAUAUAUAUUAAAAACAAAAAAAUAUAUAUAUAUAUUAUACAUAAAGCACUGUCGCGUUGUACCAUACACCGACAAAACACUUCGCGCCCUGCCGACUCUUCUCUUCCGUUCAUUUUCGGAAGGCAAGAGAACGGAACGAAUUAAAGAGAAACAACCGUGGAGUAUGGACACGGACAGGUUCCAAACGAUUUCAUACCACACAGGGCCUUGAACAUUGUCUGAGAGAGAAAGUGAUUUUCCUUAGUGAAUUAAAAAUUUUUUCCAGGCAAUUUGUUGAUUACGUUUGGAACUUGGACUUGAACGAUAACCCAUAUCAGCCCACCCUUUGGAUGUAGUAUCGCACUAUUAUCAAUGAAUUAUUAUUAAUUAUUAUUAAUUAUUAAUUAUUACUAUUAACUCUUCUUUAUUACUGUAUUAUUAUAAAAAUUAUAAAUUCAUUUUAAAGUGAGAAAAAGGAAAUAAAUAAUGCUUUUGUGAAUAAUAAAGACUCUAUUCGACUUUCACUCCAUUCACGAAGCUCGUUCCCGCCGCCCAAUUGCCGACUUCCUCCUGUAAUCUAUGAAAAAGACAGUCCACGCUAGUUUCUACUCCUAGCUCGACCUUCGCUCUUGCUGCCGCUGAUUACUAAGGUGCAACCCAUGCGCGCGAGUCAGCCUGGAUUAAUUUACCUUCCUCGCCUGCUACUAAAAUGUGAUUCCUACGCAUGAGACGAAGUGAAAGUAAGUUUAUCAACAAUUGCUUUGUAAAUUAUACAACGUCGCGUGUUCGCCAAUAAUAAUUUUUAAUUUUGACACAUAGAUCUAAAUAUUCGCGAUGAAGAGUCGCGUAGGGAAUACCCUCAAUGUGCCCACAGGCUGACAGAGAACGACACUGAGCAGAGAGAACACGGCGCAGCACGAGCGGGACACGAGCUCCUGGGACGAUAUUAUCGCACGGGCCGUUAAAUCCCAGAUCCUACCAACCGUGAAAUGUCCCGUCAUAACAUCAGGCCUCCCCCACUUUGUCGUGCCACUUUAUUUUCCCGCUCCGGGAUUUUAUUCCGACCUUCGCUCCGUUCGGAGCGAUUCGCCGAUUACGCGGCGUCGGGCAUCGUUCUGGCAUCGCCUCGCGAGCGCAUCGGAAAUGCGUCCGAUACGUGCUUCAGCUCCUCGAUCUUAUUAGCGAGAAUGACUCGGCUCGCUUCUUUCGGGCCUAAACAGUGGAGUAGCCGCGUCACGCGAUCAUUAAGCUUCUAUAAAGUUGAUUCUCCCGAGCAUUCUGGCCGAUCAUAAUUGAUUACAACAUGCGCAACAUUCUUCAAACAAUGACGGCAGAAGCAAUCAUUCGUGUUACGAGACAAUUGCAUGUU